ACACAACUACGUUUGUAACGAAAACAACGGAAACAGUGUUCUUUUCCUCCCCUUUCAAAAGACGUUUACUCUCUUCCCGUCUGUUCUCUUUUUCUCUCUCUCUUUGUGUGUCUGUGCUUUUAUUUGUUUUCUACUCCCUUUGAUAGACUUGUAAUUCUUUCAUAUAGACACACCUCCAUUCAUAUACAUUUUCUUUCUCCUCUUUCCAUUUGGCUUAAUCAGCCUCAUUUCAAUUCUCAUUAUCCUUUUGUAUUACAAUGAUCUCCAGGUUGCUUGCCGAGGCUUCCGUAGUCCGGUCUAGCAGGGCAACACUGCGCGCUUCACGGACUCAACCAGCUCGACUCCUCUCCACUGCAACCGUCCUCAGAACUGCUCCACGCACUGCUACCACUUCCACUUCUACUACUUCUACUACAGUAUCAAAACGAGACCCAGCAGGUGUCCACCAGCAACUGAGCAGCAACAACAGCAAUCGUCAUAAAAUGAGGUUUUUAUCUGUUGCAACCGGAUCCCGCAUGCUUACUCGCGCCUUUUCCUCAUCAUCAUCAACAGCAGCUGCAGCAAGGGCAGGGGCCAACAAUAGUUAUUAUUUUAAUACUACUACCGCCCAACGACCUUUUAUCAAAACAUCCAAUGGUCUGUUCACUAUCCCUCGUCGUCAGUCCGCAUUGCAAUCCUAUCGGAUCCGACGGGGUCAUGAUUUAAUGGCCAGACGUGGGAUUGCAGCCUCAGCAGCACCUCGUUUUGUGAUGCAUGCUCUGAAAUUACCCAUGGGCGCGUUUACUGCCGGUUUGGCCAGUCUCUCUUACGCCCAAUACAAGGUCACAGAGCUUUCGAACAAAGGCACAGAUUGGGCUAUGGGUUUAGCAACUGACGUUCGGGAUCUAGUCACUUCUGUGAAAUCAACCAUGAAUGAGGUUCGCCUGCCAGAAUUAUCCUUACCAGAGUUUUUACAACCCUUUUUCCGAGGAUCAGCAUUGGAGGAUGAGGGUCGAUCUAUGGAUGCAGAGAUGCAAGAGGGAGCACAUUUCAUCCGUCAAUCAUCCACAGGUGGCAACUAUAAUAAUAAUAAUAACAGCAACAACAACAAUAACAAUAACAAUGAUGGAGACCCAGGCGGAGCUGCUGCUGCUGCUGCCGCUCUUGGAUUGGCCAAAUCAAAGGAUGAAGGACAGCAACAGCAGGAUAAACCUCUUUCAACAGGAAUCCCACCCCAUGAUGGUGACUUUAUGUUGUUGACAAAGAAAUUGAUUGAGAUCCGAAAUAUCCUAAACUCGAUCGAUCAUAAUGAUACCCUCAAGUUACCAAGCAUUGUCGUCAUUGGCAGCCAAAGCUCUGGAAAGAGCUCUGUCCUAGAAGCCAUUGUUGGACAUGAGUUUUUGCCCAAGGGCUCAAACAUGGUGACACGAAGACCUAUCGAGUUGACACUUAUCCAUACACCUCAUACAAUGGAAGAGUACGGAGAGUUCCCCUCAUUGGGAUUAGGAAAAGUACACGACUUUAAGCGGGUUCAACAGACUCUCAAGGAUCUCAACAUGGCUGUUCCAGAAUCUGAAUGUGUCUCCUCUAAACCGAUCGAACUCCGGAUCUAUUCCCCCAACGUUCCAGAUUUAACCUUGAUCGACUUGCCCGGAUACAUUCAGAUCACCUCCAAAAACCAACCUCUGACACUCAAGGAAAAGAUCUCUGAACUCUGUGAGAAAUAUAUUCAACAACCCAACAUCAUUUUGGCUGUCUGUGCUGCAGACGUGGACUUGGCUAAUUCUGAGGCCCUGAGGAGUAGUCGUAAAGUGGAUCCAUUGGGCUUACGAACUAUUGGUGUAAUCACCAAGAUGGAUUUGGUGGAACCAGAACGAGGCGUGGCUAUUCUCAGAAACCAGGAUUAUCCCCUUCACCUGGGCUACAUUGGUGUUGUCUGUAAACCACCGGGGGGUAAUAACAAGGAUAAUAUGACACAGGCAGUGAUAAAGACAGAGGAUGCUUAUUUCAGAAGUGCUUAUCAGUUCAGUCAACGGGGCAUAGCUGUUGGUACAGGAACAUUACGUCGGAAACUGAUGGAUGUGUUGGAGGAGAAUAUGGGUUCGAAUUUAGGAUCGAUCAUCAAGGCUGUUCAGAGAGAAUUGGAUGAGACUCGCUAUCAAUUCAAGGUCGAAUACAAUGAUCAGAAGAUGAGUGCUGAAUCUUAUGUGGCAGAGUCUGUUGACAAGUUGAAGCAUCGGUUCAAGGAUUUCUCUCGGGCCUUUGGGAAACCUCAGGUUCGAUUGGAGAUCCGCCACAUGUUGGAACAACGGAUGCUUGAUAUCUGUGCUCAAAGAUAUUGGGCAGAUCCUCGGAUCCAUGAGCUUUCACAGUUGGAUUCCUUGGCAGAGGGGGAUCGCCUUUAUUGGGAUUUGAAAUUAGAACUGGCUUCAUCUGCGUUGACGAAAUCCGGGGUGGGUCGUCAGACUACUCAGCGUGUGGUGGAUAUUUUGACGAGGACGAUGGAACAACUUGCGGAGGCUGAACCUUUUAACCAUCACCCAGAUGCAGCAGAGACGAUCAAGACGAUGACACACGAGAUUUUGAGUAGCCGUAGUCAAGCCACUGCGGAUCAAGUGGAGAAUACGAUCAAGCCAUUCAAGUAUGAAGUCGAGUGUUCGGAUGGAGAAUGGACUGAGGGCGUCAAGCGUUCUAUUGUUUUGUUGCAGAAGGAAUUGGAGAUGUGUGAGGAAGCGUUGGGGAAGAUCAAGACGACAGUCGGGACAAAGAAGCUUCGAAAGGCCAUCAACUAUGUGAUUGAGUUUGAUCGAGAGGAGGCUAAACGGACUCAACGUCGAGAAGAAAUUGCAAAGUUACGAGAGUCGAAUCCACAUUCACAUUUGGAGGGACAACGACUUUUCGGUGAUAGCGAUUCAGAAUCUCUAGGAGAAGAUCAGCAUUCUGAGGAUCAUGAAGGUGAGAAGGAUAAGGGAUCAUCUUCCUCUGAAGAGAAACAGGAGCAUUCACAUUCGCAUUCACAUUUACAGGAGCUUGAGGAUGAAUUAGAGGCGGUGAUGCGACCUCAUUUUAAUCCAAAGUUACUCAAUAAAGCACGUGAGGCGCUUUCAUUACGAGAUCGAGCAUUGGUUCUGAAGUAUCGACUCUCGGCAUUGAAGUCCAAGACGUGUAAGAGUUCCAAGAACAAGACCCAAUGUCCGGAAGCGUUUUUGGCGAUGGUAUCGGAGAAAUUGGCGUAUACGAGUGUGAUGUUUAUUCAGGUGGAGCUGAUGAAUGAGUUUGUGUUCCAGUUGCCGAGGAUGAUUGAUAGUCGGUUAGGGGUGAAGACGGGUCAAGAGGCGAUGGAGAAGUUUGCGAGGGAGAAUCCGUUGGUGGGUAAACAUUUACAGUUGAUGGAUCGACGGAUGAAGUUGGAGGAAGUUUGGGAGAGAUUAAAUUAUUUGGUUCGACGACAAGAGGAGGCCAAGGCGCGAAAGUGGUAGUAAGGAGUAGUUGUUAUUGUUGUAGUAGUAGUAGUAGAAGUCAGUAUUUAUGUUGCCGUAAACGGUGCUUUGAAUAGAAUAAAUUAAACUUGUAGUCGCUAGUC